GUGGUUAAAAAAUGUAACAUUUAAAAUGUAAAAACAAUUUAUAAAACGCCAAAUACAUUUACAUCAACCCUAACCCUAAAAUAAAACAAAAUGUAUUAAACUAUAAAAGUGAAUCCAUACAUAAAUCUAAAGAAGAAAUGUAGGGUUUAGGACCACAGAGAGGAUUUGGCCAGGCCUGUCAGCGCCAUGAUGUUAUUUAAAAUAAUAAUAAUAAAAAUAACCACAAAUGUUCAUAUAUCUUACAUAAUUAAAAUAAUAAGACUAAUAAACGCACGUAAUUAGGGGGAAAAUGCUGCCCACUCCUGCGUGGACAGCAAUCUGAAAACGAACUGAAUAAAAGAAAGUUUGCAGACAAACUUCUGGAGCUGGCGGGGUGGGUGGAGACGCAUGUGACGAAUGCAACUGUACCCGUUCCACUCCUGCAGGAGGAAGGCUUGAUGACGUCCGUGGGAUCCUUAACGUGACUUAUUGGGGGGAGGGAGAAGGAGGAGGGGAGGGGAGGGGAGAGGAGGGGAAGGAGGGUGGAGGCAUACUUAAAGGUAAAAAUCCAAGGCGAUCGGGACAUCAAAAGUUUCCAGGAGAUACCAACAGGAGCUGCUGGUGCUGCUGCUGCUGCUGCUGCUUUUGUUUUUAUUUGCAAACACUACAUUAGUGGACCGUAGAACGCGACAUUGUGCGUUUCUCUCUUUUUUUCCCCUUUUCUUUUUUUUUUUUUUUUUGAAAUUAUUAUCGGGAGGAACUCAGAAGUGCGGAACGUAAGCGGAGGGAAGAGACAAGCGCAGCACCGCACCAAGCCAGCCGCGCCCGGCUCCCAUCCCAACCUAAGCAGCAGCCUCCGCUUCCCGGCUUCGAGGUAAGAUGCAACUCCGCCUCUUUCCUCCGGAGCCUCCUUUCAACGCCCCCCAAAAAGUCAAUGACACAAAAGUUUCUCUUUUUUUUCCCCCCUGCAUGGAAAAAAAACCCUCAACUCACAUUAAAUUAGUAUUUUGUGUGAUAUUACAGCAUGGCCAGUUCGAGCAAAGCCACUUUAAUCUUGCUCAUCUACGGAAUCUUAAUGCACUACAGCGUCUUCUGCACACCUCUGGGACUAAGUUACCCCAAAAUCAGGCUGGACAACGACGCGUUCGACGAGGACGGCAACUCGCUGGGCGAGCUGAGCUUCGACGGCGACCCCCUCGCCUUACGCAGCGCGGCGUCCCUCAACGACGACGGCGGCGGCUACACUCUCUACUACCCCAGCGAUAAGCGCGACGAGAACAGCACGGAGGACGAAGCCGAGCCGCUCUCCAAGAGACACUCGGACGGCAUUUUCACCGACAGCUACAGCCGCUACAGGAAGCAGAUGGCCGUGCAAAAGUACCUGGCAGCCGUCCUGGGACGAAGGUACAGACAGAGAGUGCGCACUAAAGGACGCCGGCUCGCCUAUUUGUAGUGCAGCCCACGCCCCUCCGCCCCCAACGCCCCCAAAUCACACCUUGUGCGUGUAUACAGUAUAUAGAGAGAUAUAUGACC